AGAAUGCGUCUCAUGAUUUCAGCACGAGUUCCUCACAGUAAUGUGCCUAGAGUGCCACGUUACCACAAGGCCUGGACUGCUACCAGACCCUCAGCUUGACCCCAUUUCAGCUAUCUUGUUCACCAUCAUUCAGGAUGUUCCGGACGACCACCCAACUCCACAGAAAUUGAAAGGUGCUCUGGUAGUAAGCAGUGGAGGCUGUGACCUGAUCACACGGUGUGGCGUCACUGACCUCUCUGUACUUCAUGUUGAUAGUGAGAUUGAAAUAUUUAAAGAAGUUGUCAAGUUGGUUACCACCUGGGAUCCAGAUAUGUUAGUUGGCUAUGAGGUACAGAUGUCAUCUUGGGGUUACUUGCUUGAGCGAGGAACAGCACUGAAGCUGGAAAUCAUCUCGCAGCUCUCUCGCGUUCCUGAAGGUAGCUCCAGUCACUUCGCCGAAGACAUGGACGAGUAUGGUGCUGACCACACCUCACAGAUCCACGUCACUGGCAGGAUUGUCCUCAAUGUGUGGAGAUUAAUGAGGGCAGAAGUGGCGCUUCAAAGCUACACUUUAGAGAAUGUGGCAUACCAUGUUCUUCACACCAGAAUUCCGUAUUUCCCUCAUGACUCUCUGAGAAGGUGGUGGUCAGAGGACACAACAAGAUGGCGCACCCUGGAGCACUAUCUAAAUCGCUGUAGUCUCACAGUAGAACUGCUACACCGGUUAGAUCUUAUUCAUCGUACAGCAGAACUGGCAAGGGUGUUUGGAAUUCAGUUCUAUGAUGUAUUGGCUCGUGGAUCACAGUAUCGUGUGGAAUCAAUGAUGCUGCGUCUAACGAGAGGUGCCAACAUGGUGGCAGUCUCUCCCAGCAUCCAGCAGAGGGCUGCCAUGAAAGCCCCUGAGUGGAUUGCUCUCACCAUGGAACCAGAAUCAAGAUUCUACACAGAUCCAGUUGUGGUGCUAGACUUCCAGAGUCUUUAUCCUUCCAUGAUGAUUGCAUACAACUACUGCUACUCAACAUGCAUUGGACGGAUCAACAACCUAGAUGGUCCACAGCCUAUUGAAUUCGGAACAUCCCACCUCAGGGUCAGUCCACAGGAACUCUCCAAGUUUGUGGAUAAGGUCAACAUAUCACCCUGUGGUAUUGCUUUUGUACCUGCAAGUGUCAGGAGGGGUGUUCUUCCUAAGAUGCUGGAGGAGAUUUUGAAUACAAGGAUAAUGGUAAAGAGGAUGAUGAAAGUGUACAAAAACGACACAUCUCUUCAACGUGUGCUCCACUCUCGCCAAUUGGGGUUGAAGCUCAUUGCCAAUGUUACCUAUGGUUACACCAGUGCGAACUUCUCUGGCCGCAUGCCUUGUUCAGAGGUGGGUGACAGUGUUGUGAGCAAAGGUCGCGAGACCCUAGAGCGAUGCAUUCAGUUCAUCCAUUCGAACAAAGCAUGGAAGGCCCGUGUUGUUUAUGGAGACACAGAUUCCCUCUUUGUCCACCUGCCUGGCCGCACGAAGGACCAGGCAUUUGUCAUCGGCAGCGAGAUUGCUGAACAGGUGACGCAGAUGUACCCCAAGCCAGUCAAGCUUAAGUUUGAAAAGGUGUAUCUACCUUGUAUUCUGCAGACAAAAAAGCGGUAUGUUGGCUACAUGUACGAGACUCGAGACCAACGUGAUCCUGAGUAUGACGCCAAAGGCAUUGAAACUGUGCGGAGGGAUGGUUGUCCUGCCAUUGCCAAAAUCCUAGAGAAAUCCCUGCGGCUGCUCUUUGAAACGAAGGACGUCUCACAAGUGAAGGACUUUGUACAGAGGCAGUUUGUUAAGAUUCUCCAGGGAAAGGUAUCCAUCCAAGAUUACAUAUUUGCCAAGGAAUACAGAGGAGUCAAGGGAUACAAGCCUGGAGCAACUGUCCCAGCCUUAGAGCUGGCAAGACAGUGGACACGGAAAGAUCGCAGGAAAGAACCCAGGACAGGAGAGCGUGUCCCAUAUGUGAUUGUGUAUGGUGCUCCUGGAUUACCUCUCAUUCAGCUGGUGCGAUCUCCAAAAAAUGUCCUAUUAGAUCCUGCCCUUCGCAUCAACUCCAUCUAUUACAUCACCCGAGCUAUCAUUCCCCCUUUAGAGAGGUGCUUCUCUCUGUUAGGAGUAGAUGUUAAUUUGUGGUACAAUGAUUUACCAAGACCAGCAGCCCAGCAAAAUAAAGCAAUAGCUGAAGCUAGUCAUGGAACCCUUGUGAAAUCUGUUGCUUCACAUAAUUCGCGUGGAAUGUCAAUUGCACGAUACUUCACACCCGUGUCCUGCGUUGCUUGUGGGGCAACCACCAUGACAGCUCCAACAUCUCAGGGACCUGGGCUCUGUCCAGAUUGUAAGACUAAACCACAGACUACUGUUUUGUGUCUCAAUGAAAAAAUACGGUCCUAUGAAAGGGCACUGGAACAUCUAGGAAAGGUCUGUGAAGGCUGUUUGGGUUGUCACGUCGCUGAUAUUGAGUGCAUUUCUUUGGAUUGCCCUGUUACAUACAAGCGAGAAGAAGCCAGACAAGAACAUAUGCUUGCUUCUCAGCUUCAGAAAGUGGUUCAAAAUGUUGUUGAGGCAGGAAGUACAAGUCCUGUGUGAUUAUUGUUUGAUGAUGUAAGGUUUAUCCAUUGUAUUUGGCAUUUGCCUUUUUUUUUUUAAUUGGGGGGAGGGGACAUCUGAAGGAAAGCCUGUAGUAAAUUGGGAACACAUACUUUUGUUAAAUCUUAUGAGUGAAUAAACACAGAUACACAUGUGUAAACCAGAUAAACAAAUACUCAAUGAUGGUUGAAAAAAAAGGUGUACUGGCAAAUAGGUUAAAAAAAACUGGGUGUUAGAAUUUAAUUUUCUUUGUUUUUUUUCAAUAACUUUCUUGGUUUUUGAAAUGUUUUGUCUCAUUUACUUUUUUGUGUUGUUUAUGAGGCAGUGUACAAUUAAGAACUGUCUGUCUCAUCUGUAAUAGGUUUAUUUUAGUAUAAGAAGAGAUGAAAGCCCGGUAAGUUAGAUUUUGUUGCCUGUUGAGAGUUUAAUAUAAAAAAGAAAAAAAAUUGUGGAUUGUCCUGAUUAUGAAAUCAUACUGUUAGAUACUCUGAUCGGUAAGGUAAAAGGGUAAAGAUUUUUAGGUUUACUGUUUUGUGAUCUCAUUUUGACCUUUUAAUUUGUAGUUUCAUAUUUGUUGAUUGUAUCUUAUGUAAAUAUUUGUAUUUAUCUUUCUGCUGUGUGAAGCCACUUUUUUGAAGAUAAUGUUUUAUAGAUUGAUAACAAAGUGAAUAUGUAUGGUAAUAAAAGUGUACAAUAAUGAAUAAAACAAUACCUUAAAUGUUGUGACUGACUUUUGAAAAGACAACAUUCACAUGGGGUUAUUGAGUCUUUGACAAACAUACUACAUGCAGCUAUUUUAGCAUGGUCCUGCAAUAUAUUAUUAUGUAAUAUUAAUUGUAAUUAUCAAAUGAAUAAUGAGAACAAAAUCAUUAUGAUACCAGUUUAAUUGUUAUUUUUAAAAAUUCUUUAAGUUUUAUGAUGAUUAUGUAAUAUUUUGUUUUUUAAUCAAGGAUAGGUUUUACAUUACUUGUCGACAAUUCUGUCACAGGGUAUGUAAAAAGCCUGUACUCAUUUGUUACCAUUGAAUAUUUUCAGAUGUUAUUACUUAAGUUUUGUGUUCAGUGUUAUAGUACAAAUGUAUUUUGGAUUUUAGUCGUGGCGUCUUUUUUUUUUUUUUUUUUUUUUUUUCCUGUUUUGUUUUCAUUAUUUUCGGCUUUAUACAGUAUAUAACUAUCCUCAAAUGCAGAAAAGUGUCCAAGGGAAAUAGCAGUAUUUUGUUAGUUGUGGUUCCAGAUAUGAAAAGAUCAUAAAAGGUGGAUGUGAAAUUUGUUAGGAAAAAAUAAAAAGACACAAGUAUUUCUUGAAUUUUUAUAGAGGCAUUUUUUGCAUGGUGUGGCUCAAAAUGGGAGUGAAAUUGGAGUUUUUUCCACAUUAUUUACCAUCUUAUUUUUUAUUUUUUUUAAAAAUCUGAUUUUAAUCUCUUCUCUUUCUUUCCUUUUAAAGCAUGCAUCAUUGAUACGUUUCUUUUAUGGUAUUUUAAUUCAUUCAUUCUCUCUCUCUUUCUUACUCUUUUUAUCUUGUCUCUCCUAUUUCCUCAUAUUCUUUUUUUUUUCAUUUGUAAGUGUAUUUUUUAUCCCAUAUUUGGAAGAUUGUGUCUGCCAAUAAUUAAAGUACAAUUCCUUUCCUUUAUUUUCCCUUUCCAAUGAGUUAUCACCGAUUGUAUAUUUUUAAUAACUGCAAUUUCGGAAUUUGAGCAAGGUUUUAUUGUGUGCAUUCAAGUGUCACAAAUGUGAUUUAUGUGAUAUGAUCAGUCAAUUUAACCAGUAAAUAUUCUUUUUAUUAAUAAUAAAUUAUUUUUAUUUUAAUUGAUUACACUCGGCAUUCAUAAUGUGUGGUUUUAUUGACUGCUUCUAUCACAGUUGUAAAGUGUACACUAUGCAAAACUAUGAAUAUAUAAUAAUAUAAUGUACAGUAUAGUAUUUAUGAAUGUAUAUGGUGUAACUUUUUUACUGUUGAUUAAAGGUUGGACGUUUUUAA